AUGGAUUCUGAAACUAGCGGCAACGUUUCUCGUCAUUACAUCCUGCCCAACGCAAUGGCGGUUCACAGCAUCAAUGACAAUGGAAACACUCCCUCGAGGCGCAUCGAUACUGUCCGCCAAGGACAGCGUGAGAAUUCUACUCUCCUAUCGUUCGAAGUACCUCCACAGGCAGAUAACAGAACCUGUACGGCGAGCAUCUUCGCCGGCCACUUGAGCAAUGGCGACAGCGUCAGUGGUGAAAAGACAGUCGAUAUCUUCAGCACUAAUAUUACUGAUAUUAACAAUACCCCAUCUGGUAAUAUGCGCAAUAUGCAGCUCGCUCGUCUGCGCUUCAACCCCAACAGCAAGAGGUUUGAUUUUGUGGGCGGUAUGCCGUCGUCGAUCCGAGAAUUCCAGGUCAGGACUGGGGACGUUCUCCAGUGGGAGAUUGUGGCCGUUGGAACCGAAGACGAGAUCUCUAUUGAGCAGGAUUUCAAUCAAGAAGGCCCGCGUCUCCCGAACGGCAUGUUUAUAGAGUGUUUCGGAGACCGAGGCACUUUACAAACCAAUGCUAACGGAGAGCAAAACAUGGCUAGUAUGAAACGUCGGGAAGGUUCAAUGCUAUUUAUUAUCUCCUCCGGAAGCCCCUACAUUCCCCCAAGUGCUCAAGUGCUACCAGUGUUGUGUUAUGACGCUAUGAAGCCACGAGACAUCAUCAACCGUCUCGAGGGAGCUCUGCACGUCAUCAACCAAAUCUGCGACAUCUCCGGUGUUCCUGGGUCCUCGACUGGCGUCCUCCACGAGGACCAGGUCAUCUACACCACACAUCUCAGCCACAGAGACGUCGCUGCAAAGCUGCCGCCAACAUCGGAUACCAUCUACGAAAUAGGCUUAGCGCAGCUACUCCGUAAGCAUCUGAGAGUCACCUGGAGCACGCCAAUCCAGGAUAUACUGCCCGAGUACCAACCUGAGCAGUCGGCGCUGGAUGGAAAAGUUGCUCUGAUUGACUUUCUUUCGCAUCGCACGCCUCUAUCCGGAGACAUGUCUAUUGCCCUUCAGGGUGACCUGGAAUUCAUCCUUGCUCCGUCCGACACUCUUCCAGCUGUGUCUCGCUUAGAUACGGUUGAUCCAUCCUGCAAGUCAUGGGUGUAUAAUAAUUGGGGAUAUAGUGUCGCCGGGUCAGUUAUCGAGAAGCUUUCGGGCAAGCCCGCUUACCAGUACAUCCGCGAGACUAUCCUCGAUCAACCGGGACUAGCCAACACAACCACGCGGCCCAUUCUCGACCAAGACAGCGAUUUCGCCGAAGCCUACUCGGCAUUAGAGAACGCCCCAUCACCUCCGGAGAGCCAAAGGAAGCUUGCGAUCUUCCGGGCCCAAACAGAUCCCCAGUCUAGCCCUCUAGAGAAUCUUUUCCAGGGGCAUAUUCCUCUUGUCAAGUCUGAUGAGAGUUUCGGGCCCUAUGGCAUGGAUUGGAUCGCGACACACCUGCCCGGGGUUAUUGGUUUCCAGGGCGAUAACGCGGAGUUGCUUGACCUAGACGAGCUUCCACGCACAUGCAAUGAUGAAAACUUGAACAAGACCUUCUCCCAACAGGGCGCGGGUUCAGGCUAUUACUCGGCCAUUUACUUAUUUCCCAAAACAAAAUCGGACUUCGUCGUGUUAACAAACUCGAUGGCCCUCAACGACGCGGCAGACUGGAUCGCUCAAUUCGUCGCGACCGCUGUCCACGGGUCAAGGAAUACUAUAGACUACCUUGAAAAUACCCCAGAGGUCCCGCCAGCCGAAGGUUAG